AUGGUCACAAGCAUACGUGGCGAGGAAGUCAUGGAGAACCUCUUGUUCGUCGAGAAGAGGGGCCCUUUCAAGGUGCAAGGCCGCAUCGUAGUAGAGAGCGGAAACAGGACCCACGUAGCAGCAGUCCGCGCCACUCGUUUACCUCGGACGAUCGAUGUCGAGAUCACGGGCGUGCGCAUGUCGAUCGGCUGGACGGACGGCGGUCCUCAUAUUUGGGUUGCCAGCGACUACGGCUUCUUCGAGCUGGUUCACCCCAGCCCGGAGUAUGCUCCCGUGUACAAUAGUAUGAUGCAGGCCAUUACCCUAUAUUAUACAGUGCAGGGUAUCUACGAGGCCGCUAGCGCGACCGGCGGCAAGGAGAUGAGCCUCGACGAAGUGCUCUUCCAGUAUGCGCUCGAUACCGGCGAGGCACUCGUCAAGGAAGAAGUCGAGGAGCUAUGCGAGCGUCACGCACAGUUUCUAGCGUCACAUUUUAUCAAGGAGACCCAGUUUGAGUGGGCGGGAAAGCAGUUUGCUAAAUACAUCAAAGGUCUUGCGAAGAAUCCCAAAAGGGCCGAAGUGAUGCUUUACCCCACCGGCCCCUCCCUACGCCUACACCGGCCCCGGCUGCCCCGAUUCUCGCUAAAACUUCCCGGCCUCGCUCUGUGCGCCAGGCUCAACGGCCUCGGCCGCCUCUCAGGACUUGCGCCAACGCAGAGAGAGUCUGCCGAGCGGGCCGAGCCAACCAGGCCGCCUAGCAUGCCUGCCACCGCCGCUGCGACAGAAGAGCGAUCACGGGAGACGGCAGCCAAGCUGUACGACGCCAUGGUGGGCGUGGCCAACAUUGACAAUCUCGAGCCAGCAACCCUUGCAGGUCUAGGCUGGAAGGUGUACAUGAAGUAUAAGUUCCGCAUGCCCAAGGGCCCGACCGAUGCAAUGAAGUAUUACGCGCACGAGCUUGUCCGGCUCAUGAAUGCGGACAAGGAGCUGGGCCCAAGGUGGGCUCCGUCCCCGCUUUAUCUACAGUUGGCAGCCAUCGCGGAACCGUUGCGGGCACGAGAUCUCCAUCAUAUAAUGCCAGACAAGAUUGACUCGUCUUUAAUAAAGCGGAAGCGCAAGACCCGUCCGAGAACCCCGCAACCCGCCGGGUACGUGAGCACAUCAGACGCCAGUACCGACAAGGUGCGUCGCCCUCGCCAGGGAAGAACAUCCGGCCUCCGGCUAUCCAACCCUCGCAAGCGGCCCCUCUCGGAAGCAGAGAGGGCGGUAUUGAGUGGCAAAGGCCCAACAGCCCCCAAGCGCUCUCGCAUGGAUAUCGAUAGCUUUGGCUACGACAAUGAUGAGGUCGAUGAUGGGUUCGAGGCGGGCGGGAACCCUGCCAGCAUGGAGGAAGAGGGCGAGGACUCGUCGGACUCGUCAGAGGACAUCACUUUGUCAGACGGUGGGGAAGACCAGGCGCCGGUGCGCAUCGUGCUAGAGGUGGAGGACAUCCCAUCGACCCGGCCACUGGGGCCCAACGGUACGUGGGUGUGCGAACACGGAGACUGCGGGCACAUUGUGCGCGCGGCGGACGGAUCGGAAGGCCGGCAGGCGGUCCGACAACAUCUCCGGGAGCACGAGGAAGAUAGGAGCUCCAAGGUGCAGCUCGCGCUCGCAGAAGGGCGGGCUACCGGCAACCAGCGCAUAGAACACCUCCUGAACAAACUUAAACAACUCGGUGAUCCCGAGGUAGAGAAAGCCGAGGCGAGAAAGCCGCAACCGAUUCAGAAGAAACAUGGCUUGCUGUUCUAG